AGCGGGUAUCAAGAUGAAAUUCAAAUGGUUUCAUAGUCUGGGCGGGCUCGCAUCAAGGUAUCGAGAGAGAGAGAGAGAGAGUGAGAAAUGUUGCAGUUCCCCACAUUUGUAAACAGAUUCCCUUCCUCUUCUUUGAUUCCAUCUUCUCUCCUCAUCCCAUCGCAGCCCCCUCCGACCCAUAACGAGGAGCUGCUCCUUGCCAUGGAGGAGUCUGAUCUCGAAGAGAAGUGGAGUGAUAUCAGGAAGACCAAUGGCACUGUGGUUUGGAUUGGGAAAGUAAAUGUUGAAAAUGGCAAAGAAGAGUUUGAUGCUGAUGCAGAGGACGAUGAUGCUGACAAUGUGGAGGAGAGUGAUGGCGAUGAAUUUGAACAGGAGACCGGAUGACCAAAUUCUUGAAAGUGUGGAAAUGUUCUGAGUUUGUUAUUUUAGUUCUCUCUUAUGAAACUGAUUCUUAAGUAAUGAAAUCAUUGAUAUUUGUGCUUAUUUGCUCUAGAUUUUUUUGUAUCAUGUUAUCCAUCUAUCUAUGCAAUAUAAUGGAAUAAACAUUGCUGGGUUA